AUGGCGGACUUGAAAGAUUUGUUUUUAUUCGGAGAUUAUUUUGACGCUAUUUUAGGCAUUUUAGAGAACGAAGAAGAGCUCGACGAACAUUUUAAAGAAGCAGCUGAUGAAAUUCAACUCCAAAGUGUUGUAUGUCAACAUUGCCACAAGAAAUGCAAGAGCAAGAGCGGGCUGAAACGCCACAUAACAGUUAAACACAAAAAUACAAGACAAGAUAACGAAAAGGAAGACCAUGGAAAACAAGAGAGUGAUUUAUCAACCGAAGCUUAUUCAAGGAUUGUCGAGAAAGCCAAAGCAAAAAUAUGUGACAGCAAAGUGUAUCCACAACUGAUCAGAGACGAGAUAAGGUCCUACAAUUACAAUAGUCUACAAGACAUAACAACCGAAUUAUCUGAAAUUCAGAAACUAUAUAAACGCCUUAUCAAGUCUGGGAAAGAUGAGAGAUUUUACACUGCCUUUUACUCAACUAUUGCUUUGCAUGCUGUGAAGCAUUUUGAAGGGUUGUCAAGGAAUUCUGCUACACUACUAUCUACUAAGGUUGCUGACUGCAUGCUAGCACAAAGUAAAGAGAAAGUUGAAAAUCAUACUCGUGCAUCUUUUGCUAAACUGUCAGAUGAAGAAAAAGCUGGACUAGAGUACAUUGGAGGUUAUGUACUUCAUAAGCUUCAUAACAAACAUGUAAAUGCAAAGAAGUCAUCAGAAAGUGAGCAGGCAGUCUCAUUACUUAAGUCUGGGAAAUUAGAAGACCAGACUGCUAGUGAUCAGAGGUUGACUGCAUCCUUGAAUCGUGGUGGUCUGUGGACAAUCACAAGGAAAGCUCAGUCAGUUUUUGAAAGAACUGAACACUAUUUUAGGGAAGCAACCUCCCAUACUGAUUUGAAAACCAUUCCUAUUGCAAGUGUCAUAUCAAGAUCCAUUCAUGAUAUAGGAGUUGUGGCUGCACACGGUGCCAUGCUAUCUGACUCUGAACUCAUGAUUGACAGUAAUGUAGCCAAAGAUGUUCUUCACAAUAUUGUACUUUUAUAUGUCAGAGUACGCUCAUUUUCCUUUGCAAAGGACAUAAUACAGAAACACAAGAUAAAAUCAAAACAGCUAAAAUCAAAAGCGCUUCACAAGGAAAUCAGCAGAUCCUCCACAGAAAAUGACCAAGAAAGACAAAAUUAGACUGAAUCAGUGUGCAAUAUUUUAUUUAUCAUGACAACUUUAGCACAUAAAAACUAUGCUUUUAUGUAAAUAUAUUCAAAGUUCCUGUUGCAAUAUUGUUCACUGUGUAAUAUUUUAUUUAUCAUGACAACUUCAGCACAUAAA